UUCUGCUCACCGUGUUUCGAAAUCGACGUUUCAGGGCCCUCUUCACGACAAAACUGCACACCAGUGAGGAGACUGAUAUUCUCCUGCACGAAGUCAGCUCAGACAUGAUGACCCAGAUACUGGAUUAUGUUUAUUCUCGCGAGGUGGACAUUCGCUCCGACAACGCGCGUCAACUGCUCGUGACGGCUGAGUACUUGUGUAUACCGGACGUUACUGAACUCUGCUGGGACUUCCUCAUGGACUCGAUGGACGUCGACAACUGUGUCGGCAUAAUGCAGUUCGCAAGGUCUAACUCCUGCGCCGACCUUGAUACUCACGUUCGUCGCUUCGUUCUGCGCCAAUUCGUGGAUGUGUCUCAGCAGAGCGAUGAACUGCUGGAACUGCCUGUAGAGGAGCUGCAGGCGAUAAUCGAGUCCGAGGAACUGAACGUGAAGGACGAGGGAGUUGUGUGGGAGUGCAUUCUCCGGUGGAUCUACCACGAGUCGGACAACAGAAAAGGCCACAUCGCGGACCUUUUGAAGGGCGUCAGACUGGGAUUACUUGACGAAACAUUUUUCAAAGAGAAGGUGUCAAAUAAUCCGUACGUGAAGGAAAAUGAGGAGUGCAAACCCGUGAUCUCGGAGACGCUCACAUUCCUGGACGACGUGAAAAGGUUGUCGAAGGACGACAAGGAAUUCGUUCCACCAAGGAUUGCCCGCCCGCGAAACCGACGGGACAUUCUGUUUGCUAUUGGUGGGUAUCGCGACGGAACAAUGACAGAUGUGAUUGAAGCGUACGACGCACGAGCAGACCGUUGGACUGUGGUGAGUUGCGUAAAAUUUCUACUAUUACCGUGGGUUGUUAAAUGACGCCUACGAGAAAAAGUACUUUUCCUCUUUCUUGCUAAACUUAAUUACAAGGACCCCUUAGCCUCUUUAUUUCGA